AUCAAGAUAUACCAGGAAAAGAAGGAGCCUUUGGAUUAUUACGAAAUGAUUUAUCUGAAAAACCAUCUUUUCGAGCAAUAACAAAUCUGAUCAGUAUACUGAAUGAUAAAGGUCCGAAUUUCGAACCUUCUAUACUCAAUUAUACGAUUAACGGUAAUGUAGAAAACAUUCGACAAAUACUUUUUCAAAAGCGCAAUGGUGAUUUUUAUUUGAUGGUUUGGCUAGAAGUAUCGAGCUGGAAUUUUACUACCCAGAUUGAUCUAUAUCCAUCGCCACAGCAAGUCAUUCUUACUCUAUCAGAAAAUAACAGAAUAUCUAGUGGGAUCCUCUAUGCAUUCAACAACACGGGCAAUGUAUACAUUUCCGAACUUAUUAUUCACCAAAAUCAAAUCGCUUUCAAUGUCACUGAUAAAAUCAGUAUUAUCCAACUGAAUAAUAAAAGCGUACAAGACGAAAAAUAA